AUGGUUGAAUUCACAAGAAAGUUUACCACCAAAUCGGGUAUCCCCAUCACUAUUGGGGCCGGUUCCGGUACUAAAUGGCAGUGGUUUAAGAAGAACCAAAACCAGGGCAAUCUCACCCAAGAACUCAUCGACCAGUUGGUUUUGGCGUUGAAAGUCGGCUUUAACCAUAUUGACACGGCCGAAUACUAUACCACUCAUGAAGAAGUAGCCGCAGCGAUUAAGCAAUCGGGCAAAAAGAGAGAGGACUUGUUUUUGACCACUAAGUACUCGCCUGGCUACUUGGGCACUCUGUGCAUCACUUCGGGACCUUUGGAGUCGAUCGACAAGGCGUUAAAGGAGUUUGACACCGACUACAUCGACUUGUUUUUGAUCCACUCGCCGUUCUUUGACGAAACGUGUCUGAGAGGUUUGACGUUGCUGGACGCGUGGAAACAGAUGCUCGAGGUGAAAAAGUCGGGCAAAGUGAGACACAUCGGCGUGCUGAACUUUGCCAUCCCCCACUUGGAGGAGAUCAUGGCCAUUGACCCCUCUGUUGUCCCCGAAGUGAACCAGAUCGAAGUGCACGCGCAAUUACAGGAACAAACCCCCGGUAUCUUAGAUUUCUGCCGUCAACACCAGAUCCAAGUGGAAGCCUACGGCCCGUUGCUGCCGUUAUUCCGCUCGGAACAGUCUCCGAUUAUCCCGGAAGUGGAGAAGUUGGCCCAGAAAUACCAGAAAACCCAGGCCCAAAUCUUAUUGAGAUGGGUCUACCAACAAGGCAUCCUCCCCAUUACCACUCUGACCAAUGAGCAAAGACUUAGAGACGCGUUAGACAUUGUUAACUUUGAGCUUGAGCAGAAGGAUCUCGAUGCCCUUACCCAAUUGGGGUUGGUUCACCGCCAACGCAACUUCUUUGCCGACGACAUGGCCAAAGUGGAAAAGCAAUUGACGGUUCCUGCUGCUGUUGCCAUCUAG